UAAUAUUGAUGUGACAGUCUCGCGAGAAGAACAUUUUUGGGAUUGAUGUAUUUGUAUGUGAGAGCUGGUCGGCAGGUGAAUAGGCGUUGCUGAGCAUUUAGUCACCGAUCUGCGAAAAUCGGGACUGUCCCUCGGACCGACCACUUAUCAGGCACCAUAUUGGUGUUUGCUGAGGGUUAAUGUGGUUUUGCGUAACGUAUAAUGGUGCUGGUAUCAGGCAUUGGAAUUCAAGAGCAUGAUGGGAAACAGAAGAAAAAAACAUCACAGACCAACAGCCAUCGUUUAUAUUCCUGCCCCCCUGCGUCUCAAGCCUUACAGCGCUCUAGUGGUAUUACCUCUACCCUUACUAAUGGAACCAAAAGCAAAUGUAAGACACAAUUACUUUCACAGGGUGAGACCAAGAAGCAGGCUGGAUGUCCAGUGUACAUAGGGCAAUGCAGCUGGAUGCGUCGAAGUGAGAGUUCCUGCACCAUCAACAGCAGCGGCAGCUCUCGGGGACGUCUACGAAGUUCAGGUUCCUUACCACAUAUUGCCAGAACUAGAAGUGAACAGAGAAUUGUUCCGAAGAGUUCCUGCCUUCUAGUAGCAUUGAGACCCAUCAAUGUUGAAGAGGAAAAGACCAAAUUUUUCACAUCCAAUUAUACAUAUAACCCACAAUUUCAAUAUCAAGAACCAAUGCCCACCAGCGUUCUCGAAAAAUACAGUCAAGCAUCUAACCAAUUCCUUGCUCAGGCUGUUCGCAUUCUAAGUACAGUUUUAAGGAAGUAUGGCGAUUAUGAGAACUUUCAAGCUGUGACAGGAGGAAAUCUUCUGAGCAAGUGUCAGAUUUGGGCAUGUUGCCGAAAAUACAUGCAGAAGGAAGGUUGUAGUGGAGAGGUGGUGGUACAGCUCACUGAAGACUUGCUCUCUCAAGCAGUUAUGACAAUUGAGAACUGCCGACCCACUCUCAGCAUCAAUCUACUUGGUGCUAGACAGCACUGGCUAGAGGGGAUGCUUCGGCAUGAAAUUGGCACCCAUUACUUGCGUGGUGUAAAUGAUGCACGUCAGCCUUGGCAUGGUUCAGAGGGGAGAAAGAGGUUUUCACUGAAGCCAGCUAAUCCCACUGAGGAGGGCUUGGCAAGCCUGCACAGUGUGCUGUUUCGGAAGAAUCCAUACCUGUGGCGCGCUGCACUUCUGUACUACGCUGUAAGCCGUGCUGCUAACUCCAGCUUCUCUGAGCUUUUCCAUGACUUGCAGCAAUUUGUGCAGGACCCCAAUGUUCGGUGGGAGUACUGUGUGCGAGUUAAACGUGGACAACUAGACACUGGACAAACAGGUUGCUUCUGUAAAGACCAGGUCUACCUUGAUGGAAUACUGCGCAUUCUGCGGCACCGACAUACUAUUGAUUUCCGCCGAUUAACUUCCCUUGGAAAGGUAUCCUAUGAAGAUGCAGAGGAGCUACAGAAGUUUGCCGAGCUAGAUAAUAUUCGGAUUCCUCACUUCAUGCAGGAUCUGGAGAAAUACCAUCAUCAGCUUCAACAUAUUAUGGAAACAAACCAGAUUACUGAUGAGGAGCUGCAAGCUUUACUCCCAAACUGACCGGGGCGAAUGCUGUCUAGACUAGAGCAACAUCCCAUUCAUGGCAAGGGCUAAAAGUGUUAUGACAACAGAAUUGGAGAAUGGCGUUUUAAUUUAUACAGUCUUUAUUGGGAAAGUUGUAGGUGUUUCUGUAACUGUGAAUUAGACAAAUUGAUGCACUGUUUUGUAGUAAAUAGGAGUAAUAUGGGGCACAAUGUACUAUAAAACAGAUUUGUUGAACCUUGUGCUGACCAGGAGUUGGAGGAAUAUUUUCUCUGAUAAUAAACCAAUAUGAUCAUGAGCACAUUUUCACAUUGUUAAAUUGUAAAUGAAAAAUGCUCAUGAUUUAAUUUGAGUUAUUAUGCAGAGGGUGCUAAAGGCCCAACAAUACAUGAUCUCAUCGUCCUCUUUUUAGGGCAUAGACUUCUGCGCACCUUCCCACUGCUAGCAGCCUCCUGUGCCUUGAAAAAUACCUUCUGUGAUCCUUUUUCCUAUCCUUUUCCAAGUUUUCCACAGAGUUGCAUAUACCUUCUGCCAAUUGAGUGCAUUAGGUACCUGCAUCCUGAGCCAGUGCAUGGUCCUGUGUGCACCAGAAUGAAAGUUUUAACUGCACAAAAGGAUUUAACUUAAUGACUUAGGGCUACUGGCCGUGGGAAGUGGCACCCUUACACUAUUAAAAUGAGGUAAUUAUCAGGCCUUCAGUUUCCUUUAAAUUACUUAAACGUAAUGCAUGUUUUUAUGAAUAAAACAGCAAGUGUUAAAACAUCCUAUACAUUAUAGGUAAUAUUUAUUUCUUGUGUGUAUUUGUUUUUUCCCACCUGUAAAUAUUAUUUAAUAAAUGUAAAAAGAAUUCCGCUUU